CGCGUGAUCAUAUAUCGGUCGGGCUUUAGUCAAGUAAGGAGUUUAUAGAAGAAAAUCAUACGAUUAGAUCAACUCAAUACGGUGUUACGUCGAGAGGCGUCGCGUCUUGUUUUAGUAAUGUAAUCCCGACUUUAAAUAUUUAUACCCACAAAAUAUAACUGGCUACUCAUAAACUACCUGGUAACUCUGACAACAUACUGUAAACAUGGGACUUGACAUUUGACUUUGUCAUUUUAAGUAAAUUCAACAAAAUUUGAAGUUUUUAAUUCUUACAUUAUUGUUUACAAAUAAUCUAGUAAUAUAUCUUUAAGUUUUGCUUUCCCGUAAAUGCAAUGUCGGUAAUGAAAGUGAGUAAAAUAAUAGGUAUAUGAAUUGACUUGAGUUUAAAUAUAAGAUUGUAACUCAAAUGAAAGAGACCUGAAAUAGUAUCUCACCAUCAAUAAAAUGGCAUCGAGAUUAAAAUAUCUGUGGAUUCUGGUUUUCCAAGUUGUGCUGGUGAUACUCUUCUUUGUCUUUGUUAGAUAUGAUGGCAAUAAUAACGUCAAUGUUCGAGGUUACGAAGACGCCCACGUGAUGAUCUACAUCGGUUUCGGGUUCCUGAUGACAUUUCUCAUGAAGUACUGCUACGGUGCGGUCGGUAUCAACUUGUUGCUGGCCGCACUAGUGGCCCAGUGGUCCAUUAUCACCCAGGGCUUGUUCCAUAUGAAGGACAUGACUAUACCUCUGAACAAGAAGACGAUCCUUGAAGCCGACAUAAUGUCAGCAACGGUCCUCAUCACAUUUGGGGCGCUACUUGGUCGCGCUAGUGUGAAUCAACUGCUUGUCAUAGCCAUCGUGGAGGCGCUCAUAGGCAGCCUUAACUUGUACCUUAUAGAAGCAGUUAUUGAGGCAACAGACGUUGGCGGCUCAAUGGCAAUCCAUGCAUACGGGGCGUUCUUCGGGAUCGCAGUAAGCGGCGCCUGGGUGUGCUGCAGAAAGCGGCGAGACCAGACACAGGAUGACCACGGACAUCCGCUUGAGAGGCCUUCCUACAUCACUGACGUCACGUCGAUGAUUGGCUCAUUAUUUCUGUUCGUCUAUUGGCCGUCCUUCAAUGCCGCGCUCACGGGCUCUGACAUUGACUACCAGAGGGCUGUGGUCAAUACUUACCUAUCGCUCGCAGCUUGCUCGGUGGUCACCUUCGUUCUAUCAUCGUUGCUUCGCCACGGCAAGUUCGAAAUGGAGCACAUCCAGAACUCGACGCUCGCGGGUGGCGUUGGUGUCGGUACAGUGUGCAACAUGCAUAUAACCGCCGGGGGAGCUAUCAUAAUAGGGAUGGGUGCUGCUUUCGUCAGCGUCUUCGGAUUUGCGAUGCUGAAGCCAUUCCUCAUAAGGAAGUGCGGUCUCCUGGACACAUGCGGCGUGUUGCACCUACACGGCUUUCCCGGGGUCUAUUCCGGUAUCAUCUCUAUCAUAGUCGCUGCGGUCGCAACAGAGGAUAUGUACGGCCCAGAAGGCCUGAAGACUGUCUUUGAAGCUGUUGGACACGGGAGAAGCACAGGCACGCAGGGUGCCAUGCAACUGGUGGCGCUUAUAUGUACGCUGGUCUUGGCACUCGUUUUUGGGAUUAUCACGGGUUGCAUAACCAGGUUGAAGAUAUUUGAACCACUAGCGAAGCCACACCAGUUUAAUGACGAACACUUUUGGGAGAUUCCUUAAUUUACUUAAAUCUGGAUGAAAUCUGACCAACUGUAUUAAAUCGGUAUUUUUUGUUAUGAGUUAAAAUCGUUCGAAUUAUGAGUUUUUUUUUAAACCAUUUAACCUAAACCACAAUACGGCCCAUUUUUCCUUUGUUGAUUUUUAUGUGGCAAUUUUGAGUCAUAUUUUGUGGUUUGGUAUAACGGUUGUGGAAUAUUCAUCGAGACGAAAGGUAAAAAAAAAACAACUUAAAAAACCUACCUGAUUUAAGACAGCUGAGUUUACUCAGCUUUUUAAUGAAUGAACCGGUGAUUGUUCACCUCAUUCGGUAUUCUAAGAAGUAUUAGUUUGACCUAAGAAAAUCAGUUAAGUUGUAAUUACAUACAUAUUUUAUAUUAUGUAUGUAUAGAUAAUCUUCGUCUCAGCAUAAUGUCAACUGUAUUGACGGUAUUAACCUAAGUGUAACUCGACCAACGUUUUGUUUUGUUAUUCGUUUUUUUCCUUUUUUUGUAUUUGUUUUUGUGGAAAUUGAAAUAAAAUAUUGUAUGAAAGCUAAAUGUUUUGUUUUGGUGUUUAUUUCAAAUACAAGUUUAUAUCCAUAUUGGCACAACAAAUAUUAAAUAGAUAUAAUAUUAAUAGA